AUGGCCGGGGGCUUUGUCAAGAAGCCCGUCAACAUCUUCAGGCUCAGCCACCUCGGCGAGCCCAGGGGCGUCUUCAACUGGCGGCUAUGGUUCGCCGUCUUCUCCUUUGGCCUCAUGGGCGCCGCGCGCGGCAUCGACGAGGGCCUCAUCUCGGGCGCGUUCCAGUCGAAAGACUUUCAGCGCUACAUUCACUUUGACCAGUACUCCACCGUCGAAAAGGCCAACAUCAAGGCCAACGUGUCGGCCAUGGUCCAGAUUGGCUGUGUUGGCGGCGCACUCAUCGCCUUUUUAAUCUGUGAUAAAAUCGGCCGCAUUUGGGCGACGCGGCAGCUCUGCGUCGUGUGGAUCGUCGGCAUCGCCAUCUUCAUGGCCAACGGCGGCAGCCUCGGCGCCGUCUACGCGGGCCGCUUCAUCGCGGGCCUGGGCGUCGGGCAGACGGCCGUGGUGGGACCCGUGUACCUCGCCGAGAUUGCGCCCGCGCCCGUCCGCGGCCUCUGCACCUGCGUCUUCUCCGGCUUCGUCUACCUUGGCAUCGUGCUGGCGUACUUUGCCAACUACGGCUGCGCCGUCCACGUGGGCGACGCGACGCACGCCCGCUGGCUGGUGCCGACCAGCGUCCACAUCCUCUUUGCCAGCCUGAUCCUCAUCCUCAGUCUCUUCCAGCACGAGUCUCCACGCUUCUUAGUGAAGAUGGGGAAAUAUGAGGAGGCCAUUGUGGUCAUGGCGCGGCUUCGGCAGCAGCCCGCAGAAUCGGACUAUGUCCGUCGCGAGAUAUCCGCCAUUCAGCUGGCGCACGAGCAUGAGCUCGAAGAAGUCAGCUCGUCCUGGCUCGGCACCUGCAGGGAACUUUUCCUGAACGGCAGCAAUCUCUACCGUCUGUACCUUGCCAGCAUGGUCCAGGUCCUCGCCCAGUGGUCUGGUGCCGGCUCUAUCACCCUCUACGCCCCCGAACUGUUCAAGAUUCUCGGCAUUCACGGGUCCGAGACUGGCCUGCUCGUGACUUGCCUCUUUGGCAUCGUCAAGCUCAUAUCCGCCAUUGUAUGCGCCCUGUUCCUCGUCGAAGUCAUUGGUCGCAAGCGUGCGCUUGUCGGGGGCAUCGCUCUCCAAGCCAUUGCCAUGAUAUACAUUGCUGCCUUUCUCACCGCGCAGCCUAAUCCGCACAGCUCUUCAUCGGCUGCGCGCGGGGCGUCGGCCAUGAUUUUUAUUUCUGGAAUUGGUUGGGCGUUGGGCUGGAACACAAUGUCCUACAUCCUCACGGCCGAGCUGUUUCCCCUGCGUGUCCGCGCCUUUGCAACGUCAUUUGCCAUGACACUCCAUUUUCUCUGUCAGUACGGCAGUACCCGGGCUACUCCAAACAUGCUGUUGCCUCCAUCCGAGGGCGGCAUUAACCCAAACAACACCUUUUGGUGCUAUGCGGCCAUUCUUGUUGCAGGUGGCAUCUGGGUUGUCUUGUCUGUACCUGAAACCGCGGGGCGCUCCCUAGAAAGUAUGGAUAGGCUGUUCGACCUACCCUGGUACAAGAUCGGCCUUUACGGUACCCAGGAUGCUGCGAUGAAAGAUAUCGCCUACGACGAAAAGGUUGGCGUUGCUGGAGAGACCGAGGGGAGGGCCACGCACAUAGAGGACAAAUCCACACGCGCUAUAUCCGCUUAA